CUUUAUAGAAUCGCCGAUUUCUGUAAUAUCAAUUUAUUGAAUUUCAGCCUCUCAAGUUCAUCAUCAACCUCACGACAACCGACCGAGAAAGUUGACAGUACAUUCAACGGUAUGCCGUCAUCCGGUAUGGCACCGAAUUUGCCGUUAUCCCUUCAAAUUGGAGACUAUAAAGUAUGGGAUUACCUAGUUGAGGUGAGCUGGAUUGAUGCUGGUGCAUUCCGUUUAUCGCCGGCCUACUCUCUGUAUUUGGCAUUACGAUUCUUCCAAUCCCAUUCGAAACCUUACUUGGUGCAGUUCUUCACCCGAAUUGCUCAUCACAUGAAUCAAAUCUCCCAGGAUUGUACUUCUCGAGAUGAGUUGCUAUUCUGGUUGGCCAAUGCAAGCGAGUUAUCGUUUUUGGUAGAACGGGAUCCAGAUUUGCGUCAGCUGGGAACAGUUGUAGAGACAGUGUUCCGACGGUUAUGUACUGUUCUUCUGGGAGCCCUUCGACCGGCAUGCAAGCCUAUGUUAGAUGUUACUAUUCCUAUUGAGGAUGGCAAUGAACUCCUGUCCUUGCUAGACGGUACGCUGAGAGCAGCUCGAGCUUCACGGUUAAAUGCAGCCCUAACGAUACAGUUGUGUAGUCAUGUACUUCACGCUAUUAAUGCUACCAUUUUCAAUGCACUCGUUGGUGUAUCAUCACCAGUCCGGUUGACCACACGAUUAGGCAAGUGUUUACAAGCUCGACUGGCAGCGUUGCAUGGGUGGGCUGAACAAAUGGGUGUCGAGUUGGCGGCUGAAUGUCAUUUGGACCGUAGUCGACAAGCGGCAGCUCUUUUGGCUGCCCAGAAAAACGAUGUCGCAGCCCUGGGGGCCACCUGCUACAAGUUGAACAGCUUGCAGGUCCGAUAUCUGCUCACACAUUUUUCUGCUCAAGAUGGUGAGAUUCCGUGUGAUAAUGAUGUCAUAACACGGAUAGUUAGUCUGGCUGAACGACAGGCAGAUCAUCUAACGUUACAGGUAGGAAACUGGAAGUUUCAAAACGAUGCAUUUCAGGGUGUUGGAGAUAGACAAGUGGGCAUUUAUGUGAAGAAAGUCGUUGCCGGAAGUCCAGCCGCAGCGGAUGGUCGGUUGGCAACUGGUGAUCAAUUACUAUCGGUCAAUGGACAAUCGUUGCUGGGAAUAUCACAAGAAGACUUGCAAAGUUUCCGCCAUGUUGGAUUCGAUCGACUUCCGUCACAUUAUCGACACUCAAAUAGACCGACAGUCAUUCAGCCGGGGCGGCCGUCGGCCUUGUCACCUUCGGCAUUGCGACGAGGAGCUCAUUCACCGGUAUCGCUUUAUCGUCCUCCAAGCGCAACGAACCUGUUCGCAGCACCAAGGUAA